AUGUAUUAUAAUAUGAAUGUAUACAAUGUAGUAAUAUGUCUGUUUAUAUGUGUUUCAUAUCGCAAUAGUUUCGUGCAAUCUGUAAAUCAUGGUUUGAAGAAUAUUGUAACUCCAGAUGUAGUAAAUAUUGGAUCUUUAGGUAAUCAGUUAUUAAACCUUUUUAAUCGUAACCAAACUGAACAAAAUCAUAAAAAUGAACCGAAUGGUAUUAAAAUUGAUAAAUUUCAAUUAAUAACACUAGAUGUAAAAAAUAGGCGAAAUACAGAUUAUAUAGUAUAUAAAUAUGAUCCAUCGGAUAAUAGUCACACAUAUACUGCCAAACACCCAUACUUGAUCGAGAAGGUCGUAAUGGGCAAUGAAUUGGCUUGGCAGUCUAAAAAUAAUCAAUAUGGAAAUAGAGUAGUAAUAACAAUAGAUUCAAAAGACAAGGCGUUGUUGACUGUACAUUUUCCCAUCGUUUCACCACGUAGAAAAUCUUUCUCAGAUGUUGAGUUACCUACUGGGAAAGCCAAUUUUCCUCCAAAAGUUAAGUUAACCACUCUGUACCUUGAUAAGCUAUUUAGUACCAACGAAAUUAAAUACGAAUAUGAUGGAGCAAAAGAACAACAAAGCUUUACUCCUAAGCCAGGAUACGCAAUUUCGACAAUAAAAACCGGCGAUGAAUUGGUUUGGGAGUCUAAGGACGGGGUCUACCCGGAACAAAUUUUGAUACUACGUGGACCAGAUAAUGAGCCUAUGAUGAGAAUGGUGUUCGACAAACCGCAACAAACCCUAAAUACUAAGCAACCAGUUGUGAAGCCAGAACCUGUUGUACCUUCAGAGCAAGAGAAGAAGCAAGAGCCGCCCAAACCUAUCGUACCUCCAAAAGAGGAAGUUAAACAUGAAAACCCUGAACCCGUUGCCUUUGUUAAGGAAGAAUCUAAAAAGGAGGUACCUCAGCCUGUCUUACCUCCAAAAGAGGAAGUAAAGAAUGAAAAAUUUAAAGCGAUGAUCCCUCCACAAGAAGAACCGAAGAACGAGCCUUUGUAUAGAGUUACUGAUGAAACUACUAAAAAUAUAGAAACUAAAGCUGAAAGUGAGAAAGUUUUCGUGCCUCCUAAACCGGUUGAACCCAAACCAACAGCAAAAGCGCCUGAAUCGCAACCUGAGACUAUGCCCAGGGAAAGUGUAUUGUUUCCUGAUGUUCCGGAAGAGCCAAUUGUAAAGAAUCCUGAGCCUGAAGUAAAUAAUCAAGUUCAUGUACCAAAACCUCAACCCACUGAGCCUAGUGAGGCUUUGCCUAAGGAGCCUAAACCAGAACCUGUAAAAGUUAAGCCGCCGAUUUCGAGUGAGCCUACUAAACCAUCUCCCGAGCCAUCUAAACCUGAAAAGGCCGAGGUAAGUGAGCCUCAGACUAAGUCUAAUGAAGAGACCGUUAAAUCGGAAUUGAAUGACAAAAAAGUACAACUUGACAUAAACAGCUUUUUAUCAACAGACCGUUACGACUAUUUCCAAGAUGGACAGUCAGCCAUAUAUGAAACGAAGGGUGAACACUUUUUCGUCUCAAUUCAAGAUAACAAACUCUUUAAGAAAAUAUGGGAAGCAAAAGAUGAAAAUGAAUACGCAACCAAAGUGAUUAGAGACGGUGUUGAUAUUCUUUUGGGUAUAAGUAAGCUUAGCAUAUUUUUUGUGAAUGGCCAAGUCAAACACUACAGUAGUACAGAAAACGUGUGGAAAGAGGUGACAAACGACGUGGUUUUGGACAUCAAUAAACAAGCCGAUACGUACGAAUAUGAAGUCAAGGACUUCCCGCAGUCGAAGUAUUUUGAGACGAAAUACGACUUUAGAUUUAAAACAAUAAAAGAAGGCGAAAGUAUAAUAUGGGAGUCGAAAGAAGAUCAUAACGCUAAUAUGGUACUACUAGGUGGAGCUCAUUCAAAAAAUAAGAUGCUGACGAUUCAUUUUACAGAUCCAUAUAUCGUAGUGUUCACCAAAAAGAAUAAGGAACCAUGGGUACAGGAUAAGUCAUUUAAGCCAUCACCAAAACCCUUGGAUAUUAAAGUGCCUAAUAAGGUAGAUAAUGACAUUUUUACCCAUCUUGCAAAACAAGGAAACUUAUUUAACUUGAUAAAAAGAGGUAAUGAAGUAAUAUGGAAGUCAAGAUCUAGUAACGAAAACGCAAAAAAGGUGGUUGUGUACGCAAUAAAUAAAAACCACAUGUUUAUAACAAUAUAUCCGUUUAAGGGGCAAGUCACGAAAUUGUUAAAAUACCCUGACGACGAAUGCAAAGAAAUAGACGCAUCGACUAAGAUACCAAUAACAAUUAACAUUAGGUCGAAUAAGAGUUCAUGCGCGUAUUACAACUACGAAAGAAACAACGUGAGAAUGUUUAGAGCAAAGGGCGACUACGUGUUUGGAGGAGUGAGAGAGAAGGAUGAAUCAUCAUCAGAUCGUUCAAACGAUAAGAGCAUUUGGACAGCAAGCACAAACAUCGAUAACGACAGUAGAUACGCAAACAAAGUUAAGGUGAUAACGUACGAUAAGUUCAAGGAUAUGUACGAAGUUACAGUGUAUCUAAUGGACGGGACGACCAGGAAGUACGUAAGGCAUGAAACCAUGCCGUGGACAUUCGUGGACCCCAACCAGAAGCUAUCUGUGUCGAUUAACGUUAAUUCGCAGUCUGAAUGUUAUAAGUAUUCACUCAGCUAUAAAAACGGCGUUAAAAUCUUUACAGCGAAGCCGGGAAUGGAGUUUAACAGCGUAACAUACCAGGACGAGGUCAAGGCCGACGUAUGGGAGGCGAAAAACGUCAACGAUUGUGCAAACAAAGUAGAACUGGACACGAUGGGAGGAGUUAACAAGAUAAUAGUCCAUUUGCAAAAUGGAGGCAAGAAGGUGUUCACGAGAAAGGAUGAUAAAACAUGGGUUGAAGAAGGAGAAUCCAAAAUUGAAGCCGCAGAACCGACAACAAAUGAGGAAGUUGCCCCUCCCUCAACUGCUACUAAGGAUAAUGUUCAGGAAAUGUAUAAGCCUGAAUAUACGAACGACAUCAAAUUGUACGUGAAGGACCUGAAGAAUCCAAACAGUAAUAAGGAAAUGGACAGUAAGGACUACGAAGUAAAGCAGAACCAGAAUAGAUAUGAGUUUAAAUUGAAAGAGGGUUCUAAGUGUGUGGAAGUGAAAUAUUUAGUAAAAAUAACGGACUUGUUUGACCGUACUAGGACCAUAGGAUUGAAGCCAGUGAGUGUUUGGAAAAGAUUUUUCGCCAAAUCCGACGAAAAUUACCCGAAAACUGUCGUUUAUCAGUGGCCAAACAAAAUAGUUAUCAAUUUCGACACCUUCUUCAUAGUCAACGAAAAGGAGAUCUCCGGUACCUGGAUAAACAGGAAUUUCGACAUUAAGUUUUACACUGCGAGUACGGGGAACGGUACCAAGAAUAACGUGGAACUGGAUUGGAGUAAGUACGACCUGAGAAAAAUGUCUGGAGAAAGGUACGACUACGAGUUUAAGCCGAACUCGAAGUGCUCGGAGGUCAAGUACAUGUUUAAAAAGGUGGACCCGAAUGACCAAAAUAGGUUAAUCACCGGAUACAGGACAGUUUGGAAGCACGGCCAUCUUGGCCAUAAUGAGUAUCCAACCAUCGUUUCAUACUUGAGCGAAAAAAGACUAAUAGUGGAUUUAGGCACGAAGUUCAUAGUGUCUGAAAGGAAUCCUGAUGAUAGUUGGACCCCCAAAGAGUCUUUUUUGCAGUUCUUUACGGCUACAGAAAAUCGCAACGGUAGGUAUGAACAUGAGGGCUUGCCACUUAGCGAUAACAAAUACGGCCUUCAGAAAAAAGGUGAUGAGCUGACCUAUGUAUUUAACGGUGGAAUAAGGUGCACGAAGAUCGUGCACGUAGAAUGCGUAGGGAAUGCGGACGACAUUAAUAAGGUUACAACCUACUAUAAAAGGGUGUGGAUCUACGACCCAGAUGUGAAUCCCGGGAAGUAUCCAAAGAGUGUCUUAUACAAAAGUGGCAGUAAAAUAACAGUAAAGUUAGAUGACCUGAUUUUGGUUUACCAAAGAAACGUCCAUGGCGACUGGAUUAAGUCAGAUGUGUUUGACAUGGGCGGCAAUCCACUGAUGUCCCACAAAGAGGUUACUCAACUUACCGAAGUUGCCACUCCUUCAACAACUACGCCACCUAUUGAGCCAGAAGAAGCAACACCAGUAGCUACUGCUGUGCCUUCUGAAAGAACCAGUACACAUCGCAGAGGGUCUAUUUCACCAGAUGAAAGUUCAACUUUGCCCUUUACUAUUUCUACUAAGCCACCUGUAUCCGCAAAUCCACCUGCAAGUACAGUAGAACCUCCAAAAAGUACCACUCAGCCCGAUGUGGGUGUUACUGCACCAGAAACAAGUUCUACUCCAAUAAUCCAUAGUACUGAACAACCUGCAAAGAGUUCAGUGGAACCCCCUAGAGUAUUAUCGCCACCGGAGACAACUAGCGUCCCCAAUAAUGUUGUUUCCCCCAAUGCUUUCAAUCCUGCCACUACCAGUACUCCUACUGUUAACACCCAUGUUAGUGAGAAUUUCGCUGAGCCUUUAAUACAGCCUGCCAGACAUGUUCCUGUUCAAAAGCCUACUGAUCAUACCAAUCUGGCCAAUUCUGCCCAUGGAUUCUCAUCAAUAAAUCAGAACGUUAAGGAGCUUUACCCCUCUGAACAUCCCAAAGACGUCACCAUCAUCACUGAGGGCAGCUUAUAUGCCAAUGAUACCAACAAAUACAAGGUGUUUACGAACUUUGGAACUGAAUUUUACCUAUACAAAUUCGUCGCCGGGGCCAGGUGUGUUGAAAUUAGGCACACUGAGCAUGGUGUAAAUGGCAAUGGAGACGAUAAAUCUAAGGGCCCCGUUAAGCAAAAGGUAGUGUGGACUUACAAUUCUUCAAGAUACGGUCGUAAAUACCCCGAAUCUGUGUUUUACAACAAGCAGACGAUGACCUUCAUCAUCAUGUUCGACGACCACAAUAUAAUUUGCUUUAAGAAGAACGGCUGCUGGGUUGUGACCAGUACUACCAGAACAUACUAG